CACUGGCUAGCAGGAGAUUGGAAGGCUGUGGAUGACACGGUUAGGCAAGGUGCUAGCAGUAGUCAGCUCGCCAUUGCUGAAGACUCCAGCACGGCUCGCUUCCAGGGUGUUCUCGACACAAGCAAGCUUGGUGGUGCUGGGUUUGCAAGCCAAGCAGCAACAUACAAGACCAGUCCCUGGGAUCUUUCUCAAUACGAUGGAAUUGAAAUCGUCUACAGCAAUGGCAACUCCUUCAACUACACCCUGAACAUGAAAGACUAUCUGCCAGAACAGCCUAUAGGUGGCCGAAUGCCAAGUUCGACUGAGUGGGCCUUCACCUUUGAAGUGAAGAAGCCUGCUUCUCACUCUAUCUCCAAGUCGCCUGAGACUACUACUAUCUUCGCCGCUUGGGAGGACUUUGCGCCCUAUGAGCGCGGCAGGCCCACGACGACAACUAGCGAACUGAAGAAGGACCACAUCGUGCAAUUCUCCAUCAUGGCUCGCAGCUUCUUUGAUAGGCAAUCGGGACCCUUUGGAAUUACGCUGCAUAGUAUCAGUGCC